AUGUCUGCCAAAUCUAUCCUCGAAGCUGAUGGCAAGGCCAUUCUCAACUAUCACCUCACUCGUGCCCCUGUCAUCAAGCCAACCCCUCUUCCUCCUGCAGCAACUCACAAUGCUCCUUCGAGGCUUGCCUCUCUCAACUUCCCAGAGGAUGCUAACCCCUCCGCCAUUCUCGAUCAAGCUGAAGCUACUUACCCAUGGCUACUGGCACCAGGCGCAAAAUUCGUUGCAAAACCAGAUCAGUUGAUCAAGAGACGGGGCAAGAGUGGUCUGCUCGCCCUCAACAAGACAUGGGCUGAGGCCAGAGAAUGGAUCGAGGCAAGAGCCGGCAAGGAGCAGAAGGUGGAGACAGUAACUGGGUACCUGAGGAAUUUCCUAGUGGAGCCAUUCGUGCCUCAUCCUGCUGAUACCGAAUACUACAUCAACAUCAACUCUGCCAGAGAGGGAGACUGGAUCCUCUUCACUCAUGAAGGUGGUGUUGACGUUGGCGAUGUUGACGCAAAAGCAGAAAAGCUACUGAUCCCAGUCAACCUGAAGGACUACCCUUCAAACGAGGAGAUUGCCGCAACCCUGCUCAAGAAGGUGCCAAAAGGUCUUCACAAUGUCCUAGUCGACUUUAUCUCAAGACUAUACGCCGUCUAUGUUGAUUGCCAAUUCACAUACCUCGAGAUCAACCCAUUGGUCGUUAUUCCCAACGCUGAUGCUACAUCCGCUGAAGUUCACUUCCUCGACCUUGCCGCCAAACUCGAUCAGACCGCUGAUUUCGAAUGUGGCACCAAAUGGGCCAUUGCCCGCAGUCCUGCAGCUCUGGGCCUACCGGGUGUCAAAGCUGAUGGCAAAGUCACGGUCGAUGUUGGUCCACCAAUGGAGUUUCCAGCACCUUUUGGACGUGAGCUUAGCAAAGAGGAGAAAUACAUUUCGGACAUGGAUGCCAAAACCGGUGCUUCGCUUAAAUUGACCGUGCUCAAUGGGUCCGGCCGUAUCUGGACCCUUGUUGCAGGUGGUGGCGCUUCAGUCGUCUAUGCUGAUGCCAUUGCCUCGGCCGGCUUCGUCAGCGAGCUUGCCAACUAUGGCGAGUACUCCGGCGCCCCUAAUGAGGCGCAGACCUACAAUUACGCCCGUACCGUCCUUGAGCUGAUGCUCCGCGCUCCGGCACAUCCAGAGGGCAAGGUUCUUUUCGUCGGUGGUGGUAUCGCCAACUUCACCAACGUCGCCACCACCUUCAAAGGUGUCAUCAAAGCCCUCCGAGAAGUUGCGCCGGUCUUGGUCGAGCACAAUGUGCAAAUCUGGGUCCGACGCGCUGGUCCUAAUUACCAAGAAGGUCUUAGAAACAUCAAGGGUGUUGGCGAGGAGUUGGGUUUGAAUAUGCAUGUCUUUGGUCCGGAAAUGCACGUCUCGGGUAUUGUGCCGUUAGCGUUGAACAACAAAAAGACUGAUAUCAAGGAAUUCGGCGUUGCGUAA